GACAGAGGCAGCAGUAGCCGGGCUUAGAUAUAUUCCCCUCUCUCUGAAUAUAAUUUGAGAUUUAGAUUCAUCUUAAAUCCAAGGGAAAACACUUUGUAGGGGUUGAAAGCUGUGUAGUUGCAACAGCCGGGGUUAUGAGCUAUCAAAUGCAAUUACAUUAAAACAGAUUAUACUGUGCAAAUUGAGCCAUUUAGAAGGUGAGAACCAAAGAAACAGCUCUGAUCCCCCCCUUUUUUCUAAAUUGCAGUUUUAGUUCCUUGCAAUUCUGAGGUACAAAAGUAGGUGAGACUGCUUUUGUAUCUGCAAAGUGCUUCAUUUCUGAAUGUAAUUCUAACUGAGUGCAAUCUAGGUUAAAAGCUGGACAACUGGGUAAUUAGAGCUCACUGGCUGCUAAAGGACGAUCAGCUGUGCUGUGGCUCAUCUGUGCUCCCAGAGACUAGUUCUCUUCUUCCCUGAGUGAAGGCUGCUGGAGACAGAGCAUCUGUACCCGGACUCCUCUUGAUCCCUGAGAUGAUGGUGCUGGACAAGGAGGACGGAUUGUUGGUGUCUGCAUAAUUUUCCCCAUGUGAUCCAGCUUCGGUACUUCAGUAACAAAGGUGUGCCGAUGUUAUCUGUACAACCAAAAGGGAAACAGAAAGGCUGUGCUGGCUGCAACCGAAAGAUCAAGGACCGCUACCUUCUGAAGGCCUUGGAUAAAUAUUGGCAUGAAGAUUGUCUAAAAUGUGCCUGCUGUGACUGCCGCCUUGGAGAGGUUGGAUCAACUCUUUACACAAAAGCAAAUCUCAUUCUCUGCCGCAGAGAUUACCUGAGGCUCUUUGGUACCACCGGGAAUUGCGCUGCCUGCAGUAAACUGAUCCCUGCCUUUGAGAUGGUGAUGAGGGCCAGAGAUAAUGUUUACCAUUUGGACUGCUUUGCCUGCCAACUCUGCAACCAGAGAUUUUGUGUGGGAGACAAAUUUUUCCUGAAGAACAACAUGAUCUUGUGUCAGAUGGACUAUGAGGAAGGGCAGCUGAACGGAAGUUUUGAGUCCCAAGUUCAAUAACGAUCCCUGCUUUGCUGAAGCACUGUGGGAUGGACGUUCAGCCACACAAGCAGUGAGGGGCGUCUGUCAGCUUGCCUGCAAUAUUUUUUUAAUUCUUGGUCCAGAAAGGACUAUAUACAUUGUAGUACUUUUUUCCCGCCCCCAACACAAAGCAGUUACAAAUUUAGAUGUACAGUUGUGCCUGCUUAGCUGAGCACUGCAUUGCCUGUAUGUUUGUGAGUUUUUUGGGGUCUGGGGGAGGGCUCUGUACAGUCUGAUUUCUGUAUAUAAACUGGAACAUUUAUUUUAUGAAAAAUGUAAUGCAAUUUUAUUACUGGUGUGAAUUAAAAAUUAUGAAUGUUUCCUGGUCA